AUGGCAGGAAAGUCUGCAACCUUGGUCUACCAUGCUCCAAAGGAGCAGGAAGGACUCAUAAUUGUGAAGGUGGAAGAAGAAAAUUAUGUUUGGGGGCAGGACUUUGGCCUUCAGGGCAACGCCUAUAGUCAGGAGGCCUUCCGCCAGCGGUUCAGGCAGUUCAGUUACUCUGACUCCACGGGGCCCCGGGAGGCUCUGAGCCGGCUCCACGAGCUUUGCUGUCAGUGGCUGAGGCCAGAGGUGCACAGCAAGGAGCAGAUCCUGGAGCUGCUGGUGCUGGAGCAGUUCCUGGCCAUCCUGCCAGAGGAGCUGCAGACCUGGCUUCGAGAGAACCGACCAGAGAGUGGAGAGCAAGCCGUGGUGAUGCUGGAGGAGCUGGAGAAAGAGCUUGACAAACCAAGGCAACAGGACACAGCUCAUGGCCAAGGAAUGAUCUGGAAGGAAAUUACAUCUGUGGGAGCACUGAAGUCGCUGAGUAUCCAGCUCCAGCCCUUGGAGAACCAGGGCAAGAAUGAGAUUCAGAAGCCCCAGGGUUUCUGUGAGAGAGAUGGCAAGCUGGUGGCUGACAAAUUGUUGACAGCAAAGCAAGAAAUUAUUGAAUGUGUGGCAUCAGCAGCCAUGAUAUCCUCAAGACGACUCCCUGGGGAAACUCCUUCAGGACAGGUAGUUGAAGAAGCUUUGGGAGGUCUGGACAAUUUUGAGAAGCAAAAAGGAAGUGCUUCAGGGGACAAAAUGAGUCAGCUCCCUUCCCAGGAAAGACAUUUUAGCCUGGCAAGCUUCAACAAGGAAAUCUCCACAGAAGAGAGUGUCCUGGAAUGUAAUGAGGGUGAAGAAAGUCUCAGUCUGAACUCAAAUGUUAUAACACAACCGAGAAGUCACACUGGGGGAAAGCUCUAUGAGUGCUUAGACUGUGGGAAAGCCUUUUGCCAGAGCUCAAAGCUGAUUAGACAUCAGAGAACUCAUACUGGAGAGAGACCUUAUGCAUGUAAAGAAUGUGGAAAAGCCUUUAGUCUGAGCUCAGACCUUGUUAGACAUCAGAGAAUUCAUAGUGGUGAAAAACCCUACGAAUGUUGUGAGUGUGGAAAAGCUUUCAGGGGCAGCUCAGAGCUCAUCCGGCAUCGGAGAAUUCACACUGGAGAGAAACCUUAUGAAUGUGGUGAAUGUGGGAGAGCUUUCAGCCGGAGCUCAGCCCUUAUUCAGCAUAAGAAAAUUCACACUGGAGACAAAGGCUAUGAAUGUAUUGAAUGUGGUAAGGCUUUUGGUAGAAGCUCUAUCCUUAUUGAACAUCAGAGAAUUCACACUGGAGAGAAACCUUAUGAAUGUAAUGAAUGUGGAAAAUCCUUCAAUCAGAGCUCAGCCCUCACCCAGCACCAGAGAAUCCACACUGGAGAAAAGCCUUAUGAAUGUAGUGAAUGUAAGAAAACAUUUAGGCAUAGAUCAGGCCUUAUGCAGCAUCAGAGAACUCACACCAGAGUUUAACUCUUUGGGUAAGAGUUGUACAACUAUGAAAUACUAGGAAUUCACUUUGGGGGUGA